GAAAACAGAAGCUCAAAUUGACAUGGAAAUAUGACGUGUUACACAGUUGCAACUUCAAAGUUGUCCAAAUGCCAUGUCAUCACAUUCUCCGACAAGACUUUACCCCUUCCCUACUUCUCCUUCAAACAAGCUCUUCUCUGUGCCGCUCAAAACUGACUUGUCUCUCUCUCAUCAGAUUCUACACAAGGAAUCCACAAUUUCCUGUUGAGUUAUCAAAACGCCACAAUCAUCGAUGGCGAACCUCAAAGCAGGCACAAGACCACCAUGGCUUGGUCUGGGCGCUGCUGUCUGGGUGCAGAUAGCAUCUGGGAAUGCGUACAACUUCCCUCUCUACUCCCAUUCCUUGAAAUCUGCUCUGGGGUUCAACCAACAUCAGCUGACGAUGCUUGGUGUCGCUAAUGAUAUUGGUGAAAACGUUGGUCUCCUCCCUGGUAUCGCUUGUAACAAGUUCCCGCCUUGGAUUGUUCUUUCCAUCGGUUCUUUUGCUUGCUUCUUGGGUUAUGGUGUUCUUUGGCUCGCACUUAGCCGAACUGUUCUAAAUCUUCCUUAUUGGUUGCUAUGGCUUGCACUUUGUGUAGCUACCAACAGUAGUGCUUGGUUGAGCACUGCAGCGCUUGUCACUAAUAUGAGAAAUUUCCCCGUCAGUCGAGGCACAGUUGCUGGUAUCCUCAAGGGCUAUUCUGGGCUAAGUGCUGCAGUAUUUACAGAAAUUUACAGCACCAUACUUCGGAAGUCCUCUUCUAACCUUCUGAUGUUUCUUUCAGUUGGUGUCCCUAUUCUUUGCUUUCUCAUGAUGUACUUUGUUAGGGCUUGUACUCCCACCUUUGGUGCGGACUCCACGGAGCGUGGCCAUUUUCUUUUUAUCCAAGUUACUAGUGUGGUUCUUGGCUUGUAUGUUUUAACGACCACGAUACUAGAUCCUAUUCUUCAUUUUGGUGCUGAGAUUUCUUCUGCCAUACUUGUCGGAAUGGUUGUCCUUCUUUUGGCUCCCCUCGCCAUUCCCGUAAAGAUGACUAUCUGUCCCUCGAGGAUCAACCAACCAGAGAUGCCUAACCAACCAGUUGCGUCUUCAGAUGAAAACCUUCAAGGGGAAGGCAAUGCAGAUAAAACAGAACCACUGUUGAAGUCAUCAGAAUCCACGACAUACCUGGGAAGUUUUCGUGAAGGUGAUGAGGCAACGGAGGUGGCCAUGCUUCUAGCUGUGGGUGAGGGGGCAUUUAAGAAGAAGAGAAGGCCUAAAAGGGGGGAAGAUUUCAAAUUUACCGAAGCUGUAGUUAAAGCUGAUUUCUGGCUUCUUUUCUUGGUUUUCUUCACUGGUGUUGGUUCCGGUGUGACUGUUCUCAACAAUCUGGCUCAGAUAGGGAUUGCACAAGGCGUACACAACACAACCAUACUGUUAUCUCUUUUCAGUUUUUGCAACUUUAUUGGCCGUCUUGGUGGUGGGGUUGUAUCGGAACAUUUUGUCAGGUCAAAACUGGUUCCCCGCACCGUUUGGAUGACAUGCACUCAAAUAAUCAUGGUCAUUACAUACCUUCUUUUUGCGUCAGCUAUUGAGGGCACAUUAUAUGCUGCAACCGCAUUACUAGGAAUAUGCUAUGGUGUUCAAUUCUCCAUCAUGAUCCCCACUGUCUCUGAGCUUUUCGGUUUGAAGCAUUUUGGUAUAUUUUACAAUUUCAUGUCACUAGGAAAUCCUCUCGGAGCAUUCCUCUUCUCGGGGCUCCUAGCAGGAUAUAUAUACGAUACUGAGGCCGCAAAACAGCAUGGAGUCAAUCUGAUUAGCUCAAGCAUUUCGUGCAUCGGUCCAAACUGCUUUAGGCUUACUUUCCUGGUUCUUGCUGGUCUCUGUGGUGUGGGCUCAGUAGCAAGCAUCGUUCUUACUAAGCGGAUAUGGCCUGUUUACGAAAUGCUUUACGGCCGGGGUUCUUUUAGGCUGCCCCAAACUUCUAAUCACUGAGUGUGGAAGAUUUCAAUCAUUUAGAGGCCUACUUUGGUGCACAUCUUGGACUAGGUAUUUCCACUCUACGAAGUAUGCAAACUCUAAUAAAUGCAGUUUCUGCCUGGAUGCCUGUUUAUUACUCAACACGCGCAUCCGGCUCUGAUUUUUGCAAACCCUUGCUCGAAUUAUAAAAUCUAUCUAGAAGAACAUUGAUGCAUAGUUGAUAACUGUAAUAUCCGAUCAUAUUAUUGUUAAUGAUGUUGCAAGUUUGUGUGUA